AUCGUCUGGGCACAGCACUAACCAGCCUCGGGGUUUUCAGCUCUGCGCACCGAACCAACAGACACAGACUAUCACAGCACAAGAAAGGGAGACACUCACAAGGUGUAUGUGGAGCUGCGGGAACUGGUGAUGGAUGAAAAGAACCAGGAGCUGCAAUGGAUGGAGGCAGCGCGCUGGCUGCACAUGGAGGAGAACCGGGGGAAGGAUGGAACCUGGGGCCGCCCACACGUGUCUUACCUCACCUUCUGGAGCCUCUUGGAGCUGCAGAAAGCCUUCGCCAAGGGUACUGUCCUCCUGGACCUGCCAGAGAAAUCCCUGGCUGGGGUGGUCAGCCAGCUGCUGGACAGGUUUAUCUUCGACGGGCAGAUCCAGCGUCAGGACCGAGAGACCCUGCUUCGGGCCUUGCUCCUUAAACACAGCCACGCCAGAGACACAGAUGCCCCAGGGGGCAUGAAGCCCACGGUCCUGACACGUUCUGGGAAAGCUUCACAGCCUCUGCUCCCGCAACGUCCCCAGAUGGAGGAAAAACUCUUCUGUGAACAGAGAAAGAUUCCCCAGGAUUCAGAGGGCGCCCUGGUGCUAGUGUUCCGAAUUGAUGCAUACUUAGCCCAGAGCAAGGAGACGCUGGUACACUCCCUGGAGGGCUUCCUAGACUGCAGUCUGGUGCUGCCUCCAUCGGAUGCUCCCUCCGAGAAGGCCCUGCGCAGUCUGCUGCCUGUGCAGAUGGAACUGCUGCGGAGACGCCUGUCCAGCUCUGCCAAGCCAGAACCCAUCCCGGAGGAACUCCCGCGGAGACGGCCAUCCAGCCCUGCCAAGCCAGUACCCAUUCCGGAGGAACUCCCGCGGAGACGCCCAUCCAGCCCUGCCAAGCCAGUACCAAUCCCGGAGGAACUCCCGCGGAGACGCCCAUCCAGCCCUGUUAAGCCAGUACCCAUCCCGGAGGAACUCCCGAGGAGACGCCCAUCCAGCCCUGUUAAGCCAGAACCCAUCCCGAAGGCACCACCACCUAGACGCCCAUCCAGGCCUGUUGAGCCAGAACCCAUCCUCAAGAGACUAGAUUUACAUGAAGAUGAAGAUAUCUCAGGUGACCCUCUGCGGCGGACGGGCAGGCUCUUCGGAGGGUUGGUGCGUGACAUCCGUCGCCGCUACCCCCGCUACUUGAGUGACAUCUCAGAUGCGUUGAGCCCCCAGGUCCUGGCUGCUGUCAUCUUCAUCUACUUUGCUGCCCUGUCACCCGCCAUCACCUUUGGAGGCCUCCUCGGAGAAAAGACCCAGAACCUGAUGGGGGUGUCGGAACUGCUCAUCUCCACCGCGGUGCAGGGCAUCUUGUUCUCCCUGCUGGGGGCUCAGCCCCUGCUUGUGGUGGGCUUCUCAGGACCCCUGCUCGUGUUUGAGGAAGCGUUCUUCUCGUUCUGCACCAGGAACAACCUGGAGUACAUUGUAGGCCGUGUGUGGAUUGGCUUCUGGCUCAUCCUGCUGGUGGUGCUGGUGGUGGCCUUCGAGGGCAGCUUCCUGGUCCGCUUCAUCUCCCGGUAUACCCAGGAGAUCUUCUCCAUCCUCAUCUCCCUCAUCUUCAUCUAUGAGACCUUCGCAAAGCUGGUCCAGAUCUUCCAGGACCACCCACUGCAGAGGAAUUAUGACCAAAAUGUACCAGUGAUACCCAAACCUCAGGCUCCCCUGCCCAACACAGCCCUCCUCUCUUUUGUGCUCAUGGCUGGCACCUUCUUCUUUGCCAUGGUGCUACGCAAGUUCAAGAACAGCGCCUACUUCCCUGGCAAGCUGCGACGGGUCAUCGGGGACUUUGGGGUUCCCAUCUCUAUCCUGAUCAUGGUCAUGGUGGAUGCCCUCAUCCAGGACACCUACACUCAGAAACUCAGCGUACCUAAAGGCCUUGCCUUAUCCAACUCCUCGGCCCGGGGCUGGUUCAUCAACCCGCUGGGUUUGCGAUCCGAAUUUCCCAUCUGGAUGAUGUUUGCUUCCUUGCUGCCUGCCAUGCUGGUCUUCAUCCUCAUCUUCCUAGAGUCCCAGAUCACCACGCUGAUCAUCAGCAAACCGGAGCGCAAGCUGGUCAAGGGUUCUGGUUUCCACCUGGAUCUGCUGCUGAUCAUGGGCAUGGGUGGGGUGGCCGCCCUCUUUGGGAUGCCCUGGCUCAGUGCCACCACUGUGCGUUCUGUCACCCACGCCAAUGCCCUCACUGUCAUGAGCAAGCCCAGCUCCCCAGGGGCUACAGCUCAGAUUCAGGAAGUCAAGGAACAGCGGAUCAGCGGGCUCCUGGUCGCUGUGCUAGUGGGCCUGUCCGUCCUCAUGUGGCCCGUCCUGUCCUACAUCCCCCUGGCUGUUCUGUUUGGCAUCUUCCUCUACAUGGGGGUCACAUCCCUCAGUGGCAUCCAGCUCUUCGACCGCGUCUUGCUUCUGUUCAAGCCGAGAAAGUACCACCCGGAUGUGCCCUAUGUCAAGCGGGUAAAAACCUUGCGCAUGCACUUGUUCACGGGCAUCCAGAUCCUCUGCCUGAUAGUGCUGUGGGUGGUAAAGUCCAUUGGGAUCAUCUCGCUGGCCCUGCCCUUCAUCCUCAUCCUCACGGUGCCCCUACGCCGCUUCCUGCUGCCACUCAUCUUCCGGGAUGUGGAGCUCCAGUGUCUGGAUGCUGACGAUGCCAAGCCGAACUUUGAUGAGGAGAAUGGCCAGGAUGAAUAUGAUGAGGUGACCAUGCCUGUGUGAGGAGAGGGCCCAGGCCCCAGAGCCCCCUUCACCCUUCCACUUCUGCAGUCUCCCAGGAAAAGCAGAAGUUCAUGGUCACCUCCUGGACACCCAGGUCCCUCCUGGGGCAGCAGCUGAGGCCCCGGGGCUGUUGGGGUGGGGGGAGAAAGGAUGUCUAGGAAACCAUCCAUGAAGAGUAGACUGGCAUUUCUGGCUGGAAAUGGCCAGUGGGGCCCACAGUAGGGGAAUCGCUGUGCAGUCCCACCUGCGGCCACACUGUCACCCGGGGGUCCUGUGCUGGAAGACUUAGAUCCAAGCCUGGCCUCCUCCUGGCACAGAUGUGGCAGGAACAAGGGUGGGAGCUGGACGGGGGGAUUCAAAUUCCUGCUUGCUGUGUGAUCUUGGGCAAGUCCCUGGACCUCUCUAGCCUACGCUUUCUAGUCUGUAAAAUGGGCAUAUUGAUAAUUAUACCACAUUAUAGGAUGGUUACUGAGGGCCAAAGAUAAAUAUGAAAAAAGGGCUUUGUAAAAUCUGAAAGGACUAUUUACACAGUAGUCAUCAUUCUGCAAACCUGCCCAAGGUCACAUAGCUCCAAAGCAGGGAUCUGAACCAGGUCUUCUGACUCUGAGACCAGGGUCUACUUCAGUCACCCACUUUCCAUGCUUAGAGAUGCCCCUGCUGGCCUCUCUUUUCCCACUGGGGAUCCUCUUUUCUGGGGCAGAGAGAGGUGUCCUGGUGAGGACAAAGUGCAAGUGAGGACAAGGUGCAGGUGAGGACAAAAUCAGGGCUGGGAAUCAAGACUCCUAAGUGCUUGCUCCCUCCCCCCCACACUGUUAUUCAUUCACUCAUUCAUUCAUUCCACAAACAUUUACUGAAGGCCUUGGACCCAGUGGACACAGUGGUGACUGAGACAAGACCUUGCCCUGGGGAUAGGGGUGGGGGGCAAUGCACAGUCUGUUCUUGAUUUGGAUGGGGGGUAGGGGGAGGAUGGGAAGGUCGGGAGGAGAUGGGGAGGGGAGGGGGAGGUUUGUAAUUUAUUGCUUGUGUAUUCUCAGAGUUUCCAUUUUCUUUCAGCUACACGCAUGCGCACGCACACACACACACACCCAGGUACCCAAUUAGAGACUCACUGUCCCCAGCCCUACCUGAACCAAAUCUUGGGGAGGACCCAGAUUUGACUAGUUGGGGUAGAAGACAGUGGGUUCUGCAGAUAUGGGCAAAAUCUAUUUUUUUUACAAAACAAAAAUAUAAAAAGAGUUGAAAGAACUGAAAGUGGUGAGAGAUGGAUGAAACUGAGAAUCAGGGUGUGACAGAUAAGGAAGGGAGGGGGGCUCUCGGGUAACUCCCUGAAGGCUGGCGGCUGCCUCCCACCACUUUACUGUUCUAUGCCUCAGUUUCCUCAUCUGUAAAAUGGGGACGACAAUGGUACCUACUUCGUAGGGUUGUUAUAAGGAUUAAAUGAGACAGUGCCUAUAGUGAUUGCUUAGCACAGAGCCUGGCCUCAGACCUCUGAGGAAGAGCUCCAUAAAGUUAGCCUCUGAUAUUGUUAUUCUGGUUAGGAUAUCUCUGUCCCUUCCCAACCUCUGCUCCUUGAAUAUUGCUGAGAAAAUUUCAAAAAAGUCACUCAGUCUGUGAGCGCCCUUCCCCUUGAUGCUUGGGAAUAGGUUUUGCUAAUAAAUGCAUCUGUGGUGGAGUGAGUGCCUUGCUGGAAUUCCCCUCCCAGAGUCAGGGGUUCAAGGGGUCUUGGCUGCACCAGGUGGAUGGACAUGGGAUGUAUGUUGUGGAGCUGAUGCAGGGCUGCAGCCUUGAGGGGCAGGGAGGGCCAGGCCAGGGGAGUGGCCCCAGAGUUGGGGCGGGGCAGGGCUGGUGGUCCAGAGCCCUAGCGUGGAGAGGGCCAGCACCCAGGGAAGGGGAUGGGAGAGCAAAGUAAGCCAACUUUAUGCUCCAGACAUCCUUCCUCUCCAAAAUAAGCAAGACUCACGGAGGUGGGGAGAGGGGCUGUAAGGGAGCCUCGCCCCCAUCUCCUUGUACAGUGGACCCCACAUCCCUGGGCCAGUUAGCCCCUUACCCUGAGCUCAUCAGGCUGGGCAGCACCUCUGAUGGGGAUUACCAGAGAGGGUGUGGUUUGCCAUCGUUCACAGGAACAGCACCUCUGCCAGAUUUCCACUAGCUACCAUUGUCAUUCCCUUGGAGCCUCUGCCCCCCACCCUCACCCAGCCACUUCCAACAAUUCUAGGGGGCUGCUGGGCCAGGUGUCAUCCAUCCCUGGAGAGGAGGGUGCCAGGACAUAAUCCCUCCUCAGCCUUCCAAAGAGAGGUCAGUGCAGGGUUGGGCUGCCUGGCUUCCUCCCCUGGAUCUAUAUUUACCCGCUGCCUAUCCCUGUCUGACCCCUCCCAGGCUGGCCAGGGAAGCCACCAAAGGCCCAGAGAUCUACUGCGGCCCCAGGGAGAGUGGUCCCAGUCCCCCUCCUCCCAUACACAACAGCUUCAUGUCCCACAGCAUUGUCCCAGUCCCCCAGGCUUGCCGGGGCCCUGUUCUCCACCCUGAGACAUUAGGGAAUGUAUUAAGGAAAUAAAUGGAAAGACCACAAAAAAUCAAUCAGGAUCCAACUUCCUGCAUGGCUUCCCCUCCCAGCCACCCUGCCCCCACACCUGCAUUUCCUCUCAGGAAAACUACCUCGACAUGAAUUAACUGCCAUAAUGGGGUUCACCUUCAUGUGUGAACACAAAGUAACCCCACUCCUGGUAAGGGAAUCGUUCAACAGAAUCCAAAAUCUCUAUACCUGAAAAUAUUCUUUGCAAGACUGUCUAUAAAAGCAAAAACUAGAAAGUGCCCAAAUACUUAGAAAUAGGAGAGCGGUUAGUAAAUUACAGUAAAUUACCCCACAUCAAUAUCAUGGACCACUAGGCAGGUCUUAAAAAUAAUAAUGAUGAUGAAGUGAUUGGAUCAGCUUGGUAUAAUCACAAGAUCCUGGGUGUUUGAGGCAAGAUGUUUGGAAUUCCAGCUAAGAACCACAUUCCUGAGCUCAGCUGUCUGCAUCUGUAGAGUGGAGGUAAAGAUACUGUACUCACCUCACAAUGUUACCAAGAGGAUGAAUUGAGAUCACAUACCCGGUGGGUCCUAGCCCAGUGCUGACAUUUAGUAAACCAAAGCUCAUUCCUGUUUCCUCAGCAAGGCACGCAGUGAUGUCACUGUCAUGGGCCCAGACAGGUGGAAAAGUAGAGUGGGCACAGGAAUGAAGGUUAGAGGCUUAGAAAAAAAAAAUUAAAAUGCUUCCGUGGUAAAUGACUAUAACUCAGUAAAAAAAAGGUUUAAAAAAUAAAAAAUAAAUGCCUCGGUGGUAGAGGUAUAGGGGAGAUCUAUUUCUUUCCUCCUUCUUUUGGACUUUAAGUGCAGACAGUUAAGUAAAUCAUCCUCCUCAGUUCAAGGCAGAUACUCGUUGACCAUUCUUGUUUCCUUCCUUCUGUCCUUCCUUCCCCUUUGUCUUCAUUUUCUACUCUCCUCUCCUAUUUUCUUUCCCCUCCACAGGCAAUCAUCCUAACAUUUUUAAUGUGUAUCUUUUUGUGCUAACAUGUUCUUGAAAAUAUGUACCAUUGAUACUGUUUUAUUUUUAUUAGGAAAUCUGUAAUACAUACACAAAAGUAGAGAUGACAGUACAAUAAACCCCCAUAUACUCAUCUCCAAGACUCCAAAAUGAUCAAGAUUUUGCCUUGAAAUCUUGCUUAAAUCUUUGCCUAAAACAUAUUUGUUUCAUCUUUCUCAUUUCCCUUUCCUGAACAAAAUAAAUUCCCUACCUCAUGCCAUUUCACCCCUGUAUUUUUCAGUUACGCAUUGCCCCACUCCCCCAACAUUGACCAUUUUCUUACCCACUGGGAGUGACAUAAUCACGCCUAACAAAAUUAGCGUAAUACCUACUAUCCAAUCCAUAACCAAAUUCCUCAAAAUGUCUCUUGGCAGUUGGUUUUGAUGUGUGUAUGCGUGUGUGUGUGUGUGUGUGUGUGUGUGAACACAUUACUUUUCACCCAAUACUAUGGUUUUUAGAUCCAGCCAGGUUGCUCUGUGAACACUGAGUUGCUUUAAUAGCUGCGAGGUGACCCGUGGGAGCAUCUCCCACCUCUCGCCUCUCCACUCUCCCAGGGAGGGACAUCUUACUGGACCCAGCUCUCAUCCCACAAGCAACAGUGCAGCUGUACAUCUUCAGCCUUGUCCUCUUAUAGAACUUGUGAGACUCUCUGGGUUAUAUAUGUGAAAGCCAGGUGUGAACUUGCUAGGUCAUAGGGUAUAAAUAUAUCUGUCUCAGUUUGACUAAGCACAGCCAUAUUUUUCUCUGCAACGUAUGCACCAGCCCACACUCCACAGGCAGAGUAGAAGGUUCCUAUGUUCCCAUAUGAUUGAUAUUAUCCAGCUGUCUGAUUUCUGCUAGUCUGACCAAGGUAUUAUUUCAUUGUUGUUUUAUUUGCAUUUGUCAGAUCACUAAAGAGUUUGAGCAUCUCUGCACCUGGUUAUUAGUGUUUAAGAUUUCCUUUUAUAUAAAUAAGCUUUUUAUAUCAUUUGGUCAUAUUUCUAUUGAUGCCCUUUUGGCUAUCGAUUUGCAAGAGAUCUUCAGAGAGCCUAUAUCCUUUGUUGGUUUUGGACCUUACAAAAGUAUUCUCCCAUUUUGUCAUCUCUCUCUUCAUUUUGUCCACUUCAUCGAACAGAAAUCUUUAAUUUCGAUGUAAUUAAAUUUACCCCAGAGGAAUAGUUUGGACUGGAUUCAGUGGGCACUAGGGAGUCAUUGCAGGUUCUAGAACUGAGGAUAACAUGAUUAAAGUGACUCACUUGGGAGCUGUAUACAGGAGGGACUGGCUGCAAAGAGGCGGAUUAGGAAUCCUUCCAUGUAAGUGAGUCAACAACAGAGGCAGGUGGACAUGGCCCCAACCCUCAUAGGACUUCCAGUCAGCAUGGGAGCCAGGUGUUCAACAAGAGUGGUGAAGAUUCUGCAGGGAGGGGUGGGAACAGAGCAGGGCUGGGGUUUGGCAAGGAUUCCUGGAAACAGAGACAUUUGCUCUGACUCCUGAGGGGAAAGUAAGAGCUGGCCCAAUGAUGAGAGAGGGAGAAUGUCUUGAGAGAAUAGGAAUCUGGAAAAUGGAAAACAUCCGAGAAAUAACCUGAAGAUAAAGUGGGUGAAAUUUGCUCACAGAGUCAAGUAACACAGUGGAAAGCCUGCUGGGAUAGUAGGCCACAUGGUGAACUCAGAAAAUUGUUUCUUUCCCAGGCACCUGGGCCCAAAGCCAAAUGACAGGAGGUGAGGAAGGAAGGGCUGAUAAGGAAGCAGAGGCAAGAGGUAUAAGAAAUGGUCUGGGAGCUUGGCAGGAGUGGGACAGGCAGAGAGCACCCAGCUGACUUUUUUCCAAGAUGGACCAGAGAAAGAUUUGCAGACUUGGGGGACACAUUCAUAGGCAUGUAAUCAUCUUUCUCUGUUCUUUAAAAUGAAUCUUUAUAUUUUCAAAGUUCAAAAAGAAUACAUAUAUAUUAUAAAACACUUAAGAUUACAGAACUAUUUAACAUAGAGAACCAAAGUCUCUAAUACCCUCCACCAGUAACCACUGUUAAUAAUUUAGGGUAUACUCCUGCAGAUUUAUUUAUGUGUGAACACUAAUUUACAUAUAGUUUUAAUAAGCAAAUACAAUUUUGUUAACAGAGCUUCAAAUAUAUGAAGCAAAACGGAUGGAACUGAAAGGAGAAACAGAUAAACCCAGUUAUAGUAGGAAACUAUAAUCACUCUCUUGAUAAUCCAUAGAACAAGUAGAGAGAAAAUGAUAAAGGAUUUAGAACACCUGAGGCACCAGCAACUUGCUUGUCCUAAUUUGCAGUUGUAAAAUAUUCCAAGCAACACUAGCCAAAAUACUCAUUCUCUUCAACAGCACAUGGAUCACUCACCAAAACAGACCACAUGCUGGGCCACAAAACAAACCUUAAGAAGUGUAAAAACAAAAAUGAAAUCAUAGAAAGUAUAAUCUAUGUCCAUAACAGAAUUAAUUAGAAAUCCAUAACAGAAAGACAUCUGGAAAACCUCUAUUCUGAAACUAAGCAAGGCACUUCUAAAUAAUCCAUAGAUGAAAGAUGAAACCAUAAAGGAAAUUACAAAUAUUUUAAACUGAAUGAAGAUGAAAACCUAUCAAAAAAUUUGAGAUGCAUUUAAGCAAUGCUUAAAGGGAAACAGAAUAUUAAGUACUUAGAUUAUAAACAUCUCAAAUCAAUAAUGUAAGCUUCUACCUUAAAAAGCUAGAAAAAAAAGAAGAGUAAAUUGGACCCAAAGUAGGCAGGAAAAAGAAACUAAUACAGAUAGAACAGAAAGAGAGAACAAUGAAACAGGGAACAAACUGUAGAGAAAAUUGGUGAAACCAAAAGCUAAUUCUUUGCAGAAAAAAAUAAAUAAAAUGGAUAAACCUCUAGCCAGACAGGCCAAGAAAAAAAAAGAGAGAGAGAGAAGAUACAUAAAUUAUAAAUAAUAGAAAUGAGAUGACAUUGCUACAGACCCUAAAGACAUUAGAAGGAUAGCAAAGGAAUACUGCAAAUGUUAAAAAAAAAUCCAUAAAUACAACAAUUCAAAUGAAAUGAACAAAUUUCUUGAGGAACACAAACUAUCAAAGCUCACUCAAAAGAAAUAGAGACUCAAGAAUUACAACAAAACAACCUGAUUCAAAAAUAAGCAAAGGACUUAAAAAGACAUUUUUCCAAAUGAGAUAUACAAAUGGCCAGUAAACACAUGAAAAGAUGCUCAGCAUCACUAAUUGUUAGUGAAAUACAAAUCAAAACUACAAUGAGAUACCAUAUCACACUCAUGUGGAUGGCUACCAUAAAAAAAAAAAA